GCCAUUUAAAACCAGUCUGCGACGCACGCGGCGGCUUGAGCCGUGUGGCACAAAGAUUCGCUCCGCUUCGCAUUUGUGUUCUCUUCCUGCAGCUUGCCGCCAAAACGCAGGUGAACAUGCUGCCGGACGCCUUCGGGUGCGCGGUGGCCAACCGCUUUGGGGACCUUCUGGACGACGAGGCCGACCCACUCGACCUUCUAAGUCGAGUGGAAUCACUGAAGGAUAAAAAGAAGAGGAAGGAGGAAGAGGAGAGGAAGAACAGGCAGAAGAAACCAGGUCAAAAGGAGACGCAGAGGAACAGGCGCGUCCCGCCCGCGUUGGAUGUUCAAGACCUGGUUCCAGUGCAUAAGCAGCAGGCGUAUCCUGCCCCUCUGCCUGAACGCCGGGACGGUGGAGACGAGGCCCAGAGGGGCACAAAGAGGGCUGCUGCUGGACCGCGGAGGGGCAAUAAAGAACACCCACUGCAGCCUUUCAUCAUGAAGCCCUCCCAUAAUGAUGACUCUGACAUCAGGGACAGAGGGGGGAGCAGAGGGAGAAGAGGAGCGAGGGGAGGACUCACGAGGAGCUCUGACACUUUCAAUUUAAGAGGCAAGAGAGAGUUUGAUCGGCACAGCAGCACAGGUCUGUCUGUAGAGGGGAAGAGAGGAGGUCGAGGACCUUGGAACUGGGGCUGUGUGGAUGAAGCUGGCAGUGAACUGAUGGAGGUGACGCCUGAAGCUGCCAGGAAAUCCGAGGAUCCCCAAACCUCUCUGGAGGAGGAGAACCUCAGUUUGGAAACAGAGGAGGACAAAGAGAUGGUGGUCCAAGUUGCCAUGGAGAUGACCCUGGAUGAAUGGAAAGCCAUGCAGGAGAUGAAUCGUCCCAAAGCAGAGUUUAAUAUCCGCAAAGCGGUUGACAAGAUUCCAUCCAAAGCUAAGGUUAUCCACCAGUCCAAGAAUCCGGAGAACCUGAGGGAAACCAUAGAGGAUGAAGGGAACUUCCUCCGCAGGUCUGUGAAUGACAUCACUUCCCUCUUGGACAUCAACUUUGGGAGUCUAGGACGUCCCAGCCGUGGAGGUCGAGGCAGAGGAGCAAGAGGUGGUCAAACGACUCGCCCCGAGAUGGCCAAACCUCUGCUAGAACAGGAGGAGGAUCUGGCACCAAAUCCCGACGACCCAGAAGACUUCCCAGCACUGUCGUCAGGAAAAUGAAAAUUCACUCAAGUUUCUGUUCCACUCCAUCCGCUGUUCAAUAAAAGCUUUUGCAAAGUGU